UUUCGGGAAGGGUUGGAAGGGCCAAGAUUCCCACCACUCCCAAGGAUGGGUGGAUGGUUCGUCUGGUGUUGGUUGUCGGCCAGAUGCAGCAGCAGCAGCAGCAGCAGAGGUGGGAUGGCAGCCGGGCCAAGCAGCAAGGAAGGCAGGGGUGUGGCUAACAAGACAAGAAGGAGCCACAGGCUUGCUGACUUGCUGCCAGGGAGCCUGCUUGUUGGGGGCCACCAGCUCGGACGCCGUUGCAACCGUACCUGCGUCCAGCCGACGACAUAAAUCCCACGCAGUGAGAUGGCGCCGUGUCUAUUUUGAUGAGCGACCGGUAGCCUGCAGCAGGUAUACGAUGUGUGACCAGAGACCUGGCAGCCCUGGUCAGCACAUCACACAUCAUCCUGAGGGCAUCCAACAAUUUCCACAUGGCCCCACCCGUCGACUCCUUCCACGAAGGUGUUUGCUGGCUUGAGCAUCUAUACUAGUACCAUAGUACCUUCAUAUGUGUGACAGAAAAUUAAAACACCGAGAUCCUGCGAGAAUAAUUGUCUGCAUACAUACGACGUCCAGUACGACAUCCAGUACGAGCCCGUUACGCCCGUUGUUAAGCCCGUGAUGAAGCCGUCGCCGGGACACAGAGACUGCCGGCGCCGGCAAGUGCGAUAAGCCGGUCGACCAUCCGGAAGCGACGCACUACUCCGUACUUGUCCCCGCAAUCGGCCGGCCGCGGCAAAGUGCCCCGCGAUACACAAACUCCGGAUGACGAAAUGCGUCUGGCUGGGUUCUUGUGCCCUCUCGCGUCUGCUGGUUGUUCCCAAGCACCACUCCUGUAGGCUCGCGAUUCCCCUCUCAGCUCGAAAUGGCCGUAGACAAGCCCACGGAAACGAGCCCGCUCCUGCGCCCGGACCGUCCCGACGAGGCCGGCGCCAGUCCUGGCACUUCGACGUCAGGCUCAUCGGACACGGCCGUGGCCGUCGAGGGGGGCCGUGACGCCCCCCCAGCGGGAAAUGGCGGCGGCGAGGUCGCGCGGGAGGGCAUUCCCGAGAUGGCCAAGAGGCUGCACAUCCUGUUGCCCGCCAUAGGCAUUGGCAUCUUCCUGUGUGCCCUCGACCAGCUUCUCGCCGUGGCGACAUACGCCAAGAUCGGGAGCGACCUCAAGGCGCUCAACUCCACCAGCUGGAUAGCCACAGCCUACUUCCUGACCCUGACGAGCUGCCAGCCCCUGUACGGCAAGCUCUCCGACAUCUUCGGCAGGAAGGAGUGCCUCCUCUUCUCCUACGUCGUCUUUGGCCUGGGCUGCCUGGGCUGCGGGCUGGCCCAGGACAUGACCCAGCUGGUCGUCUCGCGGGCCGUGGCUGGCAUCGGGGGCGGCGGCAUGAACGCCGUCGUCUCCAUCCUGCUGACUGACAUUGUGCCCCUCCGCGAGCGCGGCGUCUGGCAGGGCUACAUGAACAUCAUCUUCGGCGCAGGCACUGCCACUGGUGCACCCCUGGGCGGCCUGCUCGCCGACUCGUUGGGCUGGCGGUGGUCCUUCAUCGGCCAGGUGCCCGUGGUCAUGCUGGCCUUCGUCACCGUCUACUCGGUGCUCCACCUCCCCAAGAGGGACCACUCCCACUGGAGGGAGAAGCUCGCCCGCGUCGACUUCCUGGGCGCCUUCUUCCUCGUGUCCGCCGUCCUGUGCCUCCUCCUCGGCCUCGAUAACGGCAGCAACGAGGGCUGGGCCAAGACGCAGACCAUCGUCCCGCUCGCCGUCUCCCCGGCCCUCUUCGCCGCCUUCCUCUUCGUCGAGGUCCGCGUCGCCUCCCACCCCUUUGCCCCGGGCCACAUCAUCUUCGAGCGCUCCCUCUUCGCCGCCUACCUCUGCAACUUCUUCGGCGUGCUGGGCCAGAUGCCCGUGCUGUUCUUCCUCCCCCUGCUGUACCAGGCCGUCGACGGCGUGUCGGCCGUCCAGGCCGGGCUGCUGCUGAUGCCCGGCUCCAUCUUUGGCGUCAGCGCCUCGCUGGGCUCUGGCCUUGUCAUGCGCCGGACCGGCCGCUUCUUCUGGAUGAAUGUCGCCGGCUGGGGCCUGCUCUUCUUCAGCGUCGUGCCCAUGGUGCUGUUCUCUGGGCCCUGGCUGAAGUCGGAGGCCGGUACCUCGAUCGCCUUGGGGAUCCUGGCCCUGGGGGCUGGGACUGGCAUCACCACGAGCCUGGUGGCCCUCAUCUCCAACGCCGCCAAGGAGGACGCGGCGGUCGUCAUCGCCUGCAGCUACCUCUUCCGCUCCCUCGGGUCCGCCAUCGGCGUCAGCGUCGCCUCGGCCAUCCUGCAGCAGGUCCUCCGGUCCCAGCUGGCCGCGCAGCUCGGUUCCGGCCAGGACGCCCGCGACAUCGAGAGCCGCGUCCGCGAGAGCCUCGACUACAUCUCCCAGCUGCCGCCACAGACGGCCGAGGUCGUCCGCCGCUGCUACCAGAUGGCCACCGUGACCGUCUUUGGGUUCCAGGCGAUCCCCGCGGCAUUGGCGUUUGUGUCUUCUUUCUUUAUCAGGGAGAAGAAACUCAGUUGAGGGAAGACCCCAGGAGUGGUGGGAACUGGAUGACCAUGCCACAACACGCAAAUGUGCGUGUCCAGACAGCGGAUAGAUCAACGUGUAAGCCAAGUCCUUAGAGAGCCAGUUUUUGGCAAUGACAUAGACGUGGACUUCAAAUAUUGCGGUGAAUU